AUGCCGGAGAAUCACCCCCAACCAGACCGUCCCCGAACCCCAGACAGGACAGACUCAGACAUCACAUCCCCCCAUCCAGACCAGUCCCAUUGGUCCAUCGACAACCUACCCUCCGUCCUGUAUGCCCUCCGCCCGGGAACCCAGUACAUCAAAUCCCGCGCGCGCGUCCGCGAAACACCCCACAAGAUUUUCAACAAACAUGUCCGCGACUUCCCCGUCCUCCCGUCCCGCAUCUCAUCAAAAGUCGAAGGCUGGCGCCUCGAAGCCUGGUUCCGGCUUGACCGUCGCAUCGAGGCGCAGGAUAUUCUCGACCGCGUUAACCCUAGGUUCCGGUCUGAAGUGAGCUCGUUGGAGAUCGAGCUGCGCCGCGAGGAAUUCCGGAGACUGUUCCAUGUCGCGGACUGGAAGUCACAGGCGUCGAUUAAUGAGGUUGCGAGGGUGGUGCAUAAAAGGGGUGUGGAUUUGGGACUGAAUACGACCCGUGGUGUUACACCCGGUCUUGUUGACCCGGAGAGAGGCGAGAAGGGCGGGAGGAUUCCGGUUCCGGCUGGACAGAAGCGAGAGAAGACGGGCGUAGUGGCUUCGUGGCCAUUUUUUGUGAUGCAGGGGGUUAGGAAGCAGAGUAUGAAGAGUGAAGCGUGCUUUUGGCCGAGUGGGAGCAAGGGUUAUCCGUUGGAGUUGGGGGCGAGGACGGCGAAUGGAGGCUCGGGGGAGGCUCAGGUAUCUCACUCUCAGGGCUUCGGUGGACAGCCGUCGCGUAGUGUUUCGUCUGUGCCGUCUGCUCGGAAGGCAUGGGUGGAGGAUUAUGUUGAGUGA